UGAUAUGUUUAUACACCUAACCCACGAUUGUUGUUGGAUGCUAGCUGUACAUUUUGGUGAUGGAAGCAUGCUGCAAGGUAUGCGUCACAGGUGCUUCUGGUUACAUUGCUUCCUUGCUCAUCAACAAGCUCUUAGCUAAGGGUUACACUGUCCAUGCAACUCUCAGAGACUUGAAGGAUGAGUCUAAGGUUGGCCUUUUAAAGAGCUUUCCACAGUCACAACAGAAACUGGUAUUGUUUGAAGCAGAUAUUUACAACUCAGUUGACUUUGAACCUGCCAUUAAGGGCUGUCAAUUUGUCUUUCAUGUUGCUACGCCCUUGAUCCAUGAACCUGGUUCUCAGUUCAAGGACAUUACUGAAGCAUCACUUGCUGGAUCAAAAAACAUUGCCAUGUAUUGUAAGAGAGCGGGAACGGUGAAGCGUCUCAUUUACACAGGAUCUGUUGUAUCUGCAUCUCCAAUGAAAGAUGAUGGAACUGGUUUCAAGGAUGUAAUGGAUGAAACUUGUUGGACACCUCUCAAUGAUUCACUGGCAUAUUUAUUCCAUGAUGCUUAUGUUAAGGACUAUGUUUAUUCAAAGACAGUGACAGAGAAAUAUAUGUUGAGCUGCGGGAACGAUGGAAAUGGCGCAGGGUUGGAGGUGGUAACUCUUCUCUGUGGGGUUGUAGGAGGGGAUACUCUUCAAUCUUUCACACCAGGUAGCGUGCGAAUAUGUAUCUCACCGAUCACAGGAAACACUAAUGGAUGCAAAUCACUGGAGUUUGUACAGCAAUUUCUAGGGAAAAUUCCUCUCGUACAUGUUGAUGAUGUGUGUGAAGCUCAUAUAUUCUGCAUGGAAAGUACCUCCUCAAUCAAUGGAAGAUUCUUGUGUGCUAGUUCUUAUGUCUCGUUAAAAGAGAUCGCUAAUCAUUAUGUUCUUCAUCAUUCAGAAUUCACUGUUAAUCAAGAUUUUCAUUUGAAAAUUAAAUUUCAGAUAUGCAGAUGGGCCAAAGAAGGAUAUGAAGUGGGGGUCAACAAAGCUAUUUGCCAAAGGAUUUGCAUAUAAAUAUGACACUAAGAUGAUAUUGGAUGAUUGUAUUAAAUGUGCCAGAAGAAUGGGUGAUCUUUAGUCAUUUUAUUUUGGUACAUUAAAUACAAAGAAAACUUUCCAAACUAGCAUGAAAGAGAGGUUUCAUUUUUUGUUUUGUUUUAUGGAUUAACAUAUGAAGUGUAAAAUGAGCGGUAACCGGUAAGAGUUUGACUUUAUCAUCUUAAAAUAGAGAGUUUAAAUUCCAUCUGAGACAAUUGUAAAAUGACUACUAGUGUCACUUUGCCUAAUAAUUACUUCUAACUUCUCCACUUUUUGUUAAA